AUGAAUGUGAUAUUGCUUCUCAAACGUUUUGCUAUAGCAAACGUGUUGACUGGUGUCUACAGUUUAGCGACUCUCUUCUUUAUUGCUUUAAACUACAUAAAGAAUCCGUUUAAAAAUUGGGCUCCGAAAGUCAAAUUGGAGCCGCCGUCUAGAUUAUCUGAUCCAAAAUUUGGAGUGCACAAAUAUAUAAAGGCCAAUAAUGUUAAGCUACAUUAUGUGGAAAGCGGUGACCCUUCGCGGCCUUUAAUGAUAUUUAUACAUGGAUUCCCCGAAUUUUGGUACUCAUGGCGGUAUCAAUUAGUGGAAUUUCAAAAGGAUUAUUGGUGCAUAGCUAUAGAUAUGAGGGGAUAUGGAGACUCUGAGAGACCGGAAGAUGUUUCUUCCUACAAACUGCCGACAUUAGCUGAAGAUAUUCGUGACCUAGUGCGGCAAUUAGGUCGAGAGAAAUGUAUUAUUGUUUCCCACGACUGGGGCGGCCUGGUGGCCUGCAGGUAUCGUGAUUUAUACCCAGAAACUCUCCAAGGUCUGGUCGUACUAGGUAGUACAGCUCACGAGGCAUGGGCUGAUGCUUUGUGGAACAAUGAUGAGCAAAGGAAAAUGUCCUGGUACGUGUUUUUAUUCCGAAUGCCAAUAGUACCAGAACUAAUGUUGCAAACAACCGAAAUAUUUGAAAAAUCAAUGCUUAUUGAAGGAAAACCAACGGUCGACUUACAAGACAUUGAAUGUUUCAAAUACUGGUUUAGCAAACAAGGUGCAUUUACUCCACCUAUAAAUUUCUACAGAGCAAAUUUUACCUUACAAGUUGAAAAAAAGGUUCACCAGGAAAAUAUACCUUUUCUCUUUGCUCACGGAGUUAAUGAACGCUUUUUGGGACAGAAAUUGACCGAAAAUAUGAAAGAAAUAUACAAGUUUAUCGAAAUAACAAAAGUAGAGGACAGUGGUCACUUUCUCCAACAGGAAGAGCCAAAACGUAAAAAAUAUGAGCUUGUAAAAUCUAAUGGCUGCCGAAGUAAAAACGAGAAACAGCUGAUAUUAGAUGACCCGUUAUUCGUUUAUAUACUUUCAGCGACAUACAGGAUGUCACUGACCAUACAACAAAUAAUUUUGGACGCAAAAAGACUUGCAGGCCGUUUGAAGGAGCGAGAAACUGAAGCGGAUGCUUUGCUUACUGAAACUCAAACAGCAUAUAGACAAAUAAGCACUAUGAAACAGUACAAAGAAGAAGUAGAUACACUGAAUGAAGCCUCAAGGGAGAGGCCUAGGGGUGAACUGAUUGCCAGUAUAGAAAGAGAGUCUCGACUUAUGAGAGAUGUGCAGAGAGAAAAUGGUGAGCUUCGUGCUGCUUUGGAGGACCAUCGAAGAGCCUUGGAACUAAUCAUGUCAAAGUACAGACAACACACUGAGAAGCGAAUUUGGGAAUCACGCAUUGACUUCACUUCUGCUAUUAAUGAAAAGCAGCAAGAGUUGAUUCGUCAACAGGCUGAGCGAAUAAAUGAAAUGACCAGCAUCAUGUACAAAGCAGUAAAUAUGGAUGCGCAUGGUGAUACCAGAAGGGAAGAAGAAUUAUACCAAAGGCUUAUAACUGAGAAUAAGGGUCUUCGUGAGAUGUUAGAUAUAUCUCGGCGCUAUGGUUCAGACAAACCGUACCCACCCAUGGAAGACAAGGAUGUGCAAACAGAUGGACCGCCUCUUUCAGGGGCGUGA